UUAAAAAGAAACCUAUCUGUUAAAUUACACUCCAAUUUUAAUAUCUUCUUUAGAAUGCAAUCAUAUUUCGGUUUCCAUACGCCGUUUGUUUUGACCUGGGCAUGACUAUCAAGCAGAUUACUUAGGCAGCAUCUUUAGUUUUGUUUUCCUGACACCGCUGACUGUAAACGGGGCCCAAUCAAGGUCUCUCUGUCGCUUCUUCCUGCUUUCAGUGCACCUGUCUAUUUUUGCGCAUUUCUAAAUCAAAUGUGUUAACAGACAGUCAAAGAAAAGCAAACCUCUGCUAAACUGCAUAUUAUUUUUCGGUCAAAUUUUAUAUAUAACAGUUCAUGGAUGAUACAGAUUGUCAUUAAAUUUGUCCCUAUAAUGCUGUAUGUCAUUCAUCCCCUCCUACAGGGCCCUUUCUCUGUUUUCGGUUUCGUUUUUCUUUCUGACAGACUUUAAAAGGGAGGGUUUAAAGGGUCUGUUUUACCGAAGCAACACACAGACCUCUCGACAGCAUACGUAUUGCAGAGAUGGAGCUCAGACUCAGGCCAUAUCAGGAGGAGGUGGUCCAGGCGGCUUUAAGAGGAGAGAACAGCAUCAUCUGGCUGCCCACUGGUGGAGGAAAAACUCGUGCUGCGGUUUACGUCGCUGAGAAACAUCUAGAGACCAAAGCCAAUGCCAAAGUUGCAGUGCUCGUCAAUAAGGUGCACCUGGUAGACCAGCACUAUAUGAAAGAAUUUGGCCAUUACCUAAGGCACAAAUACAGGAUAAAGGCCAUCAGUGGUGACAGCAGUGAGAAAGACUUUUUUGGGCGUCUUGUUAGAGUCUCAGACUUGGUCAUCUGCACGGCUCAGAUUCUGGAAAACGCCUUGAACAACAUGGAUGAGGACAAGCACGUGGAGAUCACUGACUUUACCCUACUGGUCAUAGAUGAAUGUCAUCACACAAACAAGGAGAGUGUCUAUAACAAAAUUAUGUGGCGUUACGUGGAGAAGAAAGUGAGAAAAGAAGGCAGACUGCCUCAGAUUUUGGGCCUCACAGCAUCACCUGGUACAGGAGGAAACAAGUCAUUAGAUAAAGCUGUUGAACACGUCCUGCAGAUCUGUGCCAAUCUGGAUUCAAAAAUUGUGUCCACCAAGAAUUACACGCCGAUGCUGCAGAACUUUGUCCCAAAACCCAAAAAGGAAUAUGACAUUGUCGAAAGAAGAGAUAAAGAUCCAUUUGGUGACCACUUAAAGUCAAUGAUGUUAAUGAUUCAUGAGUUUAUGCCACCAACGGUGAGUCGCGGCCUGCGAGAACUAGGCACCCAGGAAUAUGAGGCUGAUGUGGUGGAACUGGAGAAAGCAGGUGUAAAAGUAAACAACAGACUGAUCGCUCAGUGUGCUUUGCAUCUACGUAAAUACAACGAUGCCCUUCUCAUUAAUGACACCAUUCGCAUGGUGGAUGCGUUCAGAGUGCUGGAAGAGUUUUACAAUUCAAGAAGCAGCAAGUUGCUGGAUGGAACAGACAUCUUUCUACAAGGACUUUUCGAUGAGAACAGUCUGGAGUUAAAACAUCUGGCGUCGGACGCCCGAUAUGAAAACCCCAAACUGGCUCAACUGCAGAGCAGAUUGCUGGAAGAGUUCCAAGACACUAAUUCUCGUGGAAUCAUCUUCUCAAAGACACGCAGAGGCACGCAUUGUCUGAAUGACUGGGUGAAAACAAACCGUGAGCUGCAGAGGGUCAACAUCACUGCUGGCAUUCUGACCGGAGCCGGUAAUGGCGCUAACAACAUGACACAGACUGAACAGAAGAGCGUCAUCAGUCAUUUUAGGCAAGGAUACCUCAACCUCCUCAUCUCCACCAGUGUAGCUGAGGAAGGACUGGAUAUUCCUGAAUGCAACUUAGUUGUGCGUUACGGGCUGUUGACCAAUGAAAUCGCUCAGCAGCAGGCCAGCGGACGAGCUCGAGCCUCCAACAGUGUCUACUCUGUGGUGGCUGACGUAGGUGGACGGGAAGUGCGCAAAGAACUUGUCAAUGAGUAUCUAGAAGAUCUCACCGCAAGAGCUAUUGAUGAAGUACAGCGCAUGAGUCCUGUGGAUUUCAGACACAAGGUGUUUGAGCUCCAGAAAACAGCUGUGGUGAUUCGGAUGGAGGCUGAACGGAAGAGGGAUGCGAAAAAGCAGCGCUAUAGUCCAGGUCAGGUUCAGCUUCAGUGCAGAAGCUGCUUCGCUUCCGUCUGCAGCGGAGGAGACAUCAGGAAGAUCGAGAACUCGCACCAUGUCAACGUUAACACUGAGUUUAAAAAUCACUAUAAAGUUGGUGACCAGGUGAAUAUGGAGAGGACCUUUGAAGACUGGGAGCCUGGACGGAUUAUCAGCUGCAGAAAAUGUAAAAAGGACUGGGGAUUCGAGAUUAAAUUCAAGAAAGUGGCAAUUCUCCCCUGUCUGAAAAUAAAGAGCUUCUCCUUUAACACCCCUAAAGAAACAAAGCCUUACAAGAAGUGGAAGGAUGUUGAGUUUCAGGUGACAGAGUUUGACUUUAUUGAGUACAUGAGCUGCCGUUUCCCUGACCUGGACUUGUCUGACUGAUACAGCUCCAUACCACUGAUUUAAUUGAAAUAUGAAAUAAUAUAUAUUCUGAUUAUGUUAAUGCUCCGUCUUGGGUCUUCAUGCAUGUUGGUGACAGUAGUAGAAGCAGAUAGAUGGUUUUAUUCAAAACUAGGGCUGUCACUUGAUUUAAAAAAUUAACUAA